UUCACGUUGCAGCAGAACCCUCGGCUUUCGCUCCUUCCCAACCUAAAACACUGCCGCGAUUAGACAGACUUCCUCGCCGCCGCCGCCGCCGCCGCCGUCGCCAUCGCACUCGCACGAACCCUCGCCGCAUUCACUCAGUAGUUUUCCCCUCCUUCCUCAUCAUCCCUGACCUGAAGGCUUUUCUCUCGUGGUAGGAGUCGCAGCUCGUCGUUUCUACUUCGACCCUCCUCCGGCGAGUUCGCUGUUCCCUUCCUCUCCCCACGCGCUCGUGAAUUUUUUCUGUAGUCAAACGUUUGGAUACAACGCUCUGAACGCAAUGACUGGCAAGAAUACGAAACAGAUACCUAAGGGUACAAAGAAGGGUGGGAGGGACAAGAAAAAGAGGCAUGGGCCUCGCCUUCCUUCGGCUGUCCGCAAGGAACUCGAGCACCUCAAUGCUGAUCCUAACCUUGAACAAUCUGAGUUGGAAAAAGAUGAAUUUGGAGAAGAUGUCUAUGAGUAUGACGAGGAAACUCCAGAGGAGGAGACACGAAAGAACCACCGCUAUGAUUCUGUAGAUAAUUAUGAGUAUGAGCUACCGAAAGAGUUUGAGGAUGAGGAUGUGCCUUCAGAGGAUGAGGAACUUGAUAGCGAACCUUCUGAAAAGUCAGACGAUGAUCAGGAAAACAGUAGGCAUCCGAGGAUGCUUGAAGAUAUUACAGGGCUCCCAAGCAUGGCUUUUGAUGGCCACCAAAAAAAGCAGAUUGUCGUGACGGACUUUCAAGGGGAUCUAAAUGGUAAGAAGAUCAGUAUUCAUGAUCUUUUGGAUCCUCUUCAGCAGGAGCCUGGGUACAAAAACCUUCGGAAGAAAUUGCACAAAAUAGAGACAAAGCCAAUGACUGUUCAGGUUCCUCUGCCCAAGGAGGAAAGGGAGAAACUGGAGAGGAAGGUGGUGUAUUACCAUACCAGGAAAGAUAUGACUAAAUGGGAGCCAUUGGUUAAAAGGAAUAGAGAGGCUCCUACUUUGCACUUUGAUGCAGAUGUGAACUUGGGUUUUUCAACUGUAGAAGCAAUUGCUUCUGAAUUCGAACCAAGGACUGAGUUUGAGAAGAAGAUGGCAUUACUAGUUCGUGAUCCAGAGAUUGUGGAUGCUUAUAACAAAGAUGGUGCAAGACUUUUAGAGCUUAACAAGAUAAAUAUUGAGGAUGUGAAAGAACACCAGCAUCGUCUUGCUAAAAUGCGUAGCCUUCUUUUUAAUCAUGAAAUGAAGUCAAAGCGUAUCAAAAAAAUAAAAUCCAAGACAUACCACCGUAUUCUUAAAAAAGAGAGAUUAAAGGUAGCUUCUGCAAUGGAAAUGGAUCCUGAAGUUGCUAAAGAGAAUGCUAGGAAACAAGAAUUUAAACGAGCAGAGGAAAGAAUGACACUGAAGCAUAAAAACCGAUCAAAGUGGGCACAACGAAUCUUAAAGCGUGGACUAGAUAUUCAAGAUGAAGGGACUCGAUCUGCUAUAACAGAACAACUCCAUCAGCAUGCACUUUUGACUAGGAAAAUGAAUUCAAUUGAAGAUAAUAGUGAUGAUGAUGAUAAUUCUACUGAUGAUAAUGACAAUGAUGACAGUGAUGAACUAUUAUCUGAAAAAGGAAAGAAAAAUGUUUCCAAAUUGCUAAAUAAAGCAAAAGAAAGUACACUCAAAGCUCUUGAAGAUGCAAGUGUGCUACCUAAGUCUGGAGUUUUUGCAUUGCCAUUUAUGGAACGUGGCUUGAAAAAACAACAAGAUGCAGUGGAAGAAGAAGCUCGGAUGGCACUUGAUGAAUAUGAUGCAUCAUUGAGGCAACAUGAGAAGGGACAUGAUAUAAAAAAUCCAAAAUCAGCUAAAGUAAGUGGUAGAAAAGUCUUUGGACCCCUGAAGGACAAACUUCAAAAAUCCCAUAAGAGAACAAAAACAUUCAAUGAUGACCAUAAUAGUGACAGUGAAGGUGGUUCAGAUACCAUUGAUCAUGCAGAUGUUGAUGAGGAAGUAAAUAACCCAGCACAGAAUGCCAAUCUUGGACCUGCAUCUGAUGAUGACUCCGAAAAUGCCACUCAUUCUAUAUUCAAGAGUUUUGAUGACAUUGUCAAAGAACCUGGUCCGAAGACAACUUUUGAAGUUGCAAUUUUUGCUUCAGAUUCUUGGAAAAAGAUUAAUGGAGAAAAUGUGGUAGAUGCUGGGAGCACUAAAGCUGCAGCAAUACAGAAUUCUCAGAUGCUUACGCAUCUACCUGAGCCUGAGGAUAUGGAUCAAGAUAGUGAUGGUGAUUCUGAGGAAAAGAUGGUUGAUGGAUUUUUGUCUUCAAGUCCAAAGCGUGAUUACGAACUUCCAUCUCAAGCGGACCUUGUACACCAAGCCUUUGCUGGUGAUGAUGUGGAAGCUGAAUUUGAGAAGUAUAAACUGGAACAUCUGAAUGAAGAGUGUCCUGAACCAGAAAAGCCAGAAUUAAUUCCAGGAUGGGGCCAAUGGACAGACAUUCAGCAGAAGAGAGGCAUGCCUUCUUGGAUGAUAAAUGAGCAUAAAAAUGCUAAGAGGAAGAGAGAGGAGGCACUUAAGAAGAGGAAAGAUGCCAGCCUAAAAAAUGUGAUCAUUUCUGAAAAUGUUGAUAAAAAGGCUGAGAAACUUCUCGCAAAGACUCUGCCUUUUCCAUACACCUCUGAAGAAGUUUAUGAGCAGAGCAUUCGGAUGCCAAUUGGACCAGAUUUUAAUCCUGCAAUAACAGCUGGAACACUUAAUCGGCCCACUGUUGUUAAGAAACCUGGUGUGAUCAUAAAACCCAUCCAGUAUGAAGAGGUGGAUCCUAAUGAUGAUCCAGAUCAACCAAGGCGAAUAGUGCAGAAGCCGAAGGCACAGCCCAAGGCAAAUAAAGACAACUCUGCUCGGGGCAAGCUCAAGAAAAUGACAUCAACAAAGAAAAAGACUAAACCUUGAGGCCGCCUUGUCAAAUUAUGUUCUCCUUCUGUUAUAUUUAUACCUCCUUGCUCCUUUCACCCUCGAAAUAAUCUUGUUUUUAUCAUGUAUGGAGACCCUCAUUCGAGGCCUUUUCAGCUCAAUCAUGUUAUAUAAUGUAGAGUGAUGGAAAAAGGGCGUUUUCUAUGUUUUUGCCCCCUUUUUUUUUGUUUUUUUACAUUUGAGCUACAACAUAUCUAUAUUGUUUUGCUCCUUUCCUUUUCCUAACUAAUUCCAGCUUUAAUUGUCGGAUGAAGAAGCUUGCAAAUUCCA